UUCCCGACAAAAAUUUCGACCUCAAACGGAUACCUGCUCCAAUUUUAUUUCUCCCCUUUUUAAUCCGGCAAUUAUUCAGCCAUAUCCUUCUUGUUUCUUCGAUCAAAGUAUGAGAUUAUGGGGAUUGGACUCUCGAAGCCCUAGGUUUUCGUCUUGAUUGGGCUCACCUGCAAUAGGAACUCGGCGCCAGAUCUGCCUUUUUCUUUAUCGUCAGCGAGGAGCUGGGGGCAUGGAUUCCGGACGGAGUGAUCCUCGACCCCUGACGGCGGAGGAGGAGGCCAUCAAGCUUAAUACCGAUUGCGUCUACUUCCUUGCUUCGCCAUUGACUUGCAAGAAGGGAAGUGAAUGUGAAUAUCGCCACAGUGAGGAUGCUAGGAUUAACCCCAGGGACUGCAAAUUCUGGUUAAGUGGCAAAUGCUUGAAUCCAAAAUGCUUUUUCCGUCAUCCGCCACUUGAUGGGAUGAUUGUAAGUCCCAGGACUACUUCAGCGAAAACUGCUGCUUUUUCACAUGUGCCUCCAUCCAUGCCGUUACCAAUGGCAAAGUUUUUUACUUAUAAUUUUGGCAGAAACAAUGUUCCCUGUUACUACUAUCUAAAGGGUGCCUGUUUGAAAGGUGACAAGUGUCCUUUCAUGCACGGACCACCAUCUGCUGCUAAUCCCGUAGCAAAGCAGAAUGUGAAGAUUUCUGCACAAAUCGCUAUGCAAUUAGAAACAUCUGAAAAAGAUGCUGCAAAAAUCACAGAACGAAAGAAUCAGCAGAACUUGCCUGCUGCAUUGAACAUUGGUGCUGAAAAGCUAGCUAAUGGAUCUCCUUCAUUACGAGAAGGCGGUCGGGCUGUGGAGAGCACCCCAGGAUCCAGAAAUGGGCUUGCUAGAUCUCAGACAACUUAUGAUCCUGUUAGAAGUAGCAGCAGUUAUUCUUCAUCUCAGAAUCUUCAUGUUCAGCCUGAUAGGCAGAGAACGGAGGCUGGUGAAAUGUUUAUGGAAUCUUCUGAAGUUGGCUACGCUGAACUGGAAAGCCCUUUAAAUCAUCAACUUCAGUCUCCACUUCGGCAUCACCAUGACGCCCAGGCUGCCGAGGAGGUUUUCAGAGAUUCUUCUCCUGGAUUUGAUGUUCUUGUUGAUCAUGUUGUGAGGGAUACUGAUUACUUUUACGAGCAAGAUUGUUUCAGAGGUGUAGUUACUGAAGGAAAAAGAAAUGUCAACCGUGAAGAAGAUUAUGACCAUUAUCUCUCUGAUUAUGAGUCUUCUACUAGAUUGGAUAGGUUUAGACAUGAUAGAGCUGGUGACUUCCAUUAUGGCAUUGAGCAGAAUGGUGACGAUUGGGAUCAACAAAUGAUUUCUUCUGCUUUUGAGAGGUUGUCUGAUAGACCAUUAUACACUGAAAGAGGUUCGUCGCGGAGGCUCAGGAGUCCUGAUGAAAUGGAUGCAUCAGAUCUCCGUCAUCGGCUCAGGAAGCAAAGAAGGCAAAAUGGCUAUUUUUCUGCCACGAGUUCUGUUCAUUACAACGAACCCUACGGGAAACAUGAUAGGAACAUGAGAGAUGGAUACCAUGCACAUAACUCCUACAAGAAGAAGGAUAACCCUCUUCAUGGUAGCGCCAUUAACACUCGCCUGAGAGGUAGAAUUACACUCCCCAAGCAACCCUGCCCAGAAAUUCGUUCCGAUUUGCCUGUUAGACCAUCAGGUAAAUAUAGAAGUCUUGGACAGAGAUUGGGUUGGAGACCAACUGCGGAAUCUUUUGCCAAUCCAAGAUACUUUGGUAGGCAACAGAAAUCAAGAGAUGCUGUGGAUCUUCUAGACUUCAUUGGUCCAAGAAGACUUGAAGAGCUGAAAGGCGCCAAGGCAGAUAGAAACUCUCAAGGCCACUCAAGGCUUCGAGAUUCUGAAGCUUCUGUUGAAUUUGAAGGCCCUAAGCCACUGAGCAUUCUUCUUAAAAGGAAAAGAGAGUCUUUGUCUGAGAAUCAUGCAAUAUCUGGUGGCUGCAAUGAUAGAGUAACUGCUGAGGAUGAACAAAUAAAUUAUGAACAGAAAGAUGCUGGAGAUGAAACAGUAGCUCGAGAUGCCAUGGAAGACGGAGAAGAGCCGGAUUAUUCCGAUCAGAAAGAUGGUGAAUAUUAUUGUGCUACAGUGGAAGGUGGAGAUUCCAAGAGGGAAGAUGACUACGUCGGCGGUCUAGAUGCAGAUCUAGAUCCUGAAGAAGAUGAAGAUGACUUCGCUAAGAAAAUUGGCUUAAUUUUCACUUAAUAUAACGAUAAUGGCUAGGCUUUUGGUAGCUAUUGUGCUUGGGAAGUCCUUAGCAACACCCAUAGUUUUUCUAAUUUUCUAAGUUGAUUCUGUACUAGCGCGGGCCAGAGCGUUUGCUUUUGUAGUGAUUAUUCUUGCUCUUUGAUAAGAGAAGGUUGUGUUAAGAUUGUAGGAGUGUAAUUUUAGUGCUAGUGAAUUUGGUGGCUGCAAAGAUGAGGGUUCUUUCUUCCCUUAGUUUCUGAAAUGGUUAUUUGUAACAUGUUACAAAUGUUACAAUACAAGAUGGUGAAAAUUUUAUUAAGUUUUUCACUGUUUAGAUUAUUG